GCAGCGAGUGGCGGGGAAUGCAACAUCCCGCCAAUGGAUGACUUCGUCUUCCUCCUCCUCACCCUCUCCCUUUGCGUCGCCGCCAGGUUUCUUCUCCCCUUCCUAUCAACUAGCAGGCGGCGGAAGCAGAGCGCAGGCGGUGACGCCCUCAGUCUCCCUCCCGGCCCGACCUAUAUCCCCCUCCUCACGCCCAUCCUGUGGCUCCGCCGCUCAGCGUUCGAAGUCGAGCCCUAUCUCCGCCUUCUUCGACGAAAUCACGGUCCCGUCUUCGCGCUCCGCAUCACCUCCCUACCGGCCGUCUUCGUCGCCGACCGACGCCUGGCCUACGAGGUGCUCAUCCGCCAGGGCGCCGUCUUCGCUGACCGCCCAUCGACGAACCCGGCCAACCGCCUGCUCUCCAGCGAUCAUCACAACAUCAGCUCGGCCUCCUAUGGCCCGAAGUGGCGCCUCCUCCGCCGAAACCUGACCUCCGGGGUCCUCCAUUCCGCCCGCAUCCGGCGCUUCGCAGAGUCCCGCAGGUGGGUGCUAGGGAUACUCCUGCAGCGGCUGCGAGCCCGGGCGGACGCCGACGGUGGCCUCGUGGUGGUCAUGGAGAGUUUCCAGCACGCCAUGUUCUGCUUGCUCGUGCUCAUGUGCUUCGGCGAGAAGUUAGACGAGAAGGCCAUCGGCGACAUCGAGAGCAUGCAGAGGAAUCUUCUCAAAAUGAUCGGCAUGCGCCGUAGGCAAGAGGAGCUCUUCCUUCCUCUGAUCCAAGCGCGGAGGGGGCUCAACCGCAGUACGGGACAAAAAGAAGAAGAAGAAGAAGAAGAAGAAAGGGCUUACUCGUAUGUGGAUUCGCUGCUGGGAGUACGGCUCCCGGAGGACGGAGGAGAACGAGAGCUCGACGACAGUGAGAUGGUAUCCCUCUUCUCCGAGUUCAUGAGCGCCGGCACCGACACAACUGCGACCGCGCUGCAGUGGAUCAUGGCGCACCUAGUGAGGGACCCGCGGGUACAGCAGAAGCUAUUCGACGAAAUCCGUGAGGUAACGGGGGAGAAUCACGAGGUGAGCGAGGAGGACGUGCUGCAGAACCGGCUGCCGUACCUGAAGGCGGUGAUCCUGGAGGGGCUGCGGCGGCACCCGCCCGGCCACUUCGUGCUGCCGCACAUCGCGGCGGAGGACGCGGUGUUGGAGGGGCACCUGAUACCUAAAGGCGCGGCGGUCAAUUUCACGGUGGCGGAGAUGGGGUGGGACGAGGAGGAGUGGACGGCGCCUAUGGAGUUCCGACCGGAAAGGUUCUUGGCUGGAGGGGAAGGCGAGGGGGUGGAUCUGACGGGGAGUCGGGAGAUCAAGAUGAUGCCGUUCGGGGCGGGGCGGAGGAUAUGCCCAGGGAUGGCCCUCGCACUGCUCCACCUCGAGUAUUUCGUGGGGAAUCUGGUGAAGCAGUUCGAGUGGAAAGCCGCGGUCGAAAGCGAGGAGGUAGACCUGACAGAGAUGCUCGAAUUUACCGUCGUCAUGAAGCAUCCCUUGCGAGCUCGGAUUACUCCAAGAAGUACUAUGCAGACGGUCCGUGUCUAGGACUGGAGUUUCACCGUGGGCCGCAGUACGUUGUUGUUCAUGAUGCUAUUGCUAUAUGAAACCGAAUAGAACUAAAUCUGCAUAUUUGGACAAUAGAAUUAAACAUCUUGAAUCUCAGUCAUUUGGCCCGGUCCAAUUAUAUAUGUCAAAUUAUUAUUAUCAGUUAAUUUUAAUUAGCUUAUAUAAUAA